AUGAAGAUCCGCUCUCCCUUCCUAUCUGAGGACUCAGCAUUCAGUCUCGAUAAUGAGCAACCAGAUUAUGAUAUGGACUCUGAAGAUGAGACAUUACUCAACAGGCUAAACAGGAAGAUGGAAAUUAAACCAGUUCAGUUUGAAACAAUGAUAGACAGGCUGGAGAAAGCCAGUUCAAACCAGCUUGUAACUAUUCAAGAAGCAAAACUGCUACUAAAUGAGGAUGAUUAUCUUCUGAAGUCUGUAUAUGACUACUGGGUGAGAAAAAGAAAGAACUGCAGAGGGCCCUCUCUCAUUCCCCAAAUUAAACAGGAGAAGAGAGAUGGAUCGACCAACAGUGACCCCUAUGUGGCCUUUCGAAGGAGAACAGAGAAGAUGCAGACAAGAAAAAAUCGGAAAAAUGAUGAAGCUUCUUAUGAGAAGAUGUUAAAAUUAAGGCGGGAGUUCAGUAGGACAGUAACCAUUCUAGAAAUGAUAAAAAGACGAGAAAAGUCUAAACGGGAAUUGCUUCAUCUUACAUUGGAGGUUGUGGAGAAAAGAUAUCAGUUGGGUGACUUUGGUGGUGAAAUUCUGAAUGAGGUGAAGAUUCCUCGACCAGAGAAAUCUAUCUACAGCACUCCUAUAUCUCUUCAUAACGGAAAGCACCACAAAGUUCUAGAAUUUAAAAUUAAGCAUCCCCACACCACAUCUCAGUUAAGGAGGACGGUCAUGAUUUUGCUUUAUCACCUACAUCAGAGCCAGAAGAAGAAAAUGACCCAGAUGGUUCUUUUGCUUUCAGAAGGAAAGCUGUGUGCCAAUACCAUGCUGGUAAUUUUGGACCGAGCAUCGUCUGAUCAAGACCACAUUCUUAAGCAGUUGGACCCUGAAAUGUUUAACUCCAUUCCCAGUAGUUCAACCUCAGACUGUUCCACAUGGACCAAUGCUUCCAGAACACAUUCUGGGAAUGCAAUGUCACUUAAGGAAGUUUUAAGCAAUAUUAAAAUGUGCCGGUUGCGGUGUUUUCAGCCACAGUCUACACAAAUUCGGGACAGUGGAGAUGGUUGUAAUUCUAGUAAAUUGGGACAGACUGUGAAUAACAGACAAGUAACCAGAGCGUCUGUUGCACUGUUGAACUCUAGCAGGAAUGGAAUUUCGGUUAUAGGUGGCAUUACAGAAGAGCAGUUUCAGACACAUCAACAGCAGCUGGUUCAGAUGCAGCAACAGCAGCUGGCACAACUCCAACAGAAACAGCAAUCCCAGCAUUCCACACGCCCAGCACAUCCAAACUCGCAGGUAUCUGGCACUUCAGACUGCAUGUCAAAAACUCUGGAUUCAGCAAGUGCCCAUUUUGCUGCAUCAGCUGUAGUCAGUGCCCCAGGUCCAGGACUCAGCGUGUCUAAGGACAACAGAGUUCACAGCAGCAACAUCAAUGGUGUCGUCCAGCCUUCAGGUACCUCUAAAACUCUUCAUUCCGCCAGCACAACUUUGACGGCCAGCCCAACAAUCUCUACAGUACAGCUUGUAAGGACUGUCAACCACACCACCACCACCAACCACCUCAUCCCAGCAAUGUGCACAAGUAGUCCCCAGUCUUUGCCAGGGAACAGUUCCUGCCUAGCAACUGCAGUUCAUCUCAACAAUGUUAAUGUUGUUUCCCCUAUACAUGUGCAUCUCGGCACAAGGACUUCAGCACCCUCGCCAUCUGCCUUAAAACUUGCCACUGUAGGUACCAAUGUGGACAGGGUGCCAAAGCUGACACCCAGUAAUGCCAUUAGCAGCAUAGCAAGGGAGAGCCAUGAACCAGAAAGACUUGCUUUAAAUGGGAUUUCAGAGACCACAGUGGCAAUGGAAGUGACAUAGACCAAGCCAGCUGGACUUAUAGCUAUGAAAAACAGUUGUGGCAGGCAUAAAUGCAAAAUGUGUAUCCCUUAGAAUGUCAGGGAUGUGCAACAUGGACCUAAUAAAUCGAGCAUAUCAAAAUAUUAGAGAAUUUGUCAAAUAUCUAUGUACAUUUUGUAAAAUUGGGAAGAUCACUACCUUGUAAAAUAGUAUAUUUGUAUCAUUAGUAUGUUAUUUCUGUUACUUGAAUUCUAGAUAUUUGUCAUCAUGCUUUUGCACUUGAAAUGCAACCGAAUGGAGAGGAAAGAAACGUGCAACAGUUUGUUUUGCGAUCAUGAAAAUUGAUCCAAUGUCACUUGUUUUAACUAUUUAUUUUGCCAUGUUUACAUUUUGUAUCUUGUACAAAUAAAUCACUUUGUCUACAAAAAUAUUGAUUUUGCAUAGUUAGCAUAUUUAAAGUUUGUGUGUGUAUCUAUACAUACAUAUAAUUUUUUUUUUUUUUUUAAGAAAUGUAAGUAUUCACUUGGUUAAUUGUUUCACAGUUUGAUUAGAUGGUCUUUUGGUAACAACUUUAGAGACAUUUCAUUGUUAAGACAAAAGUAUUUUCUAUUACUUUGCCAGGGAAAUGCGGAUGGAUCUUUUUUUUUAUUUUUUAUGUUGUAGGAGUUACCGUUAAGUUGUUUUGAUGUAAAAACAUGCCAUUGUAUCCAUAGAACCUUUUUUUUAUGAAACAAAAAAAUGUAUGCAUCUGACAGUCCAGUCUACAAUUUUUUUUUUUUUUUAAACAAGACAAAUCAACUUUUUUUAUAAAAUAUUUGCAUUUUAAAACACACUGGGGGUAAAGUCAUUAAAUCAUCAGGUAUGGGUAAUUUUAUCUGUUAUCUUAUAUAAUCUUACAAAUUAUUGGAGAUUCGCCAAACCAUCCCUUGGAAGAGGGAAGGGUAAAACUCAAACAUUU